UUCAACCAAACGAACAACAGUGUUAAUACAAGAAAACCAAAUUAGCAGUUUCCCACUAUACAAAACUAACUGCGUGUGUUCGUUCCCUCAUCGCAAACUUCCAUGGCCGUUAUGACCACACUAACGGCAACAAUCGCCGUAACUUUCCUAGCGGCAGUAUUUCCAGCAUACGCCGGAGACACAAACAACGCAUUCUCUCCGUGCACAGACACACGCGUUCAGAGAUCCGACGGAUUCACGUUCGGACUCGCUUUCGCAUCAAAGGAUAAAUUCUUCUACAACAAUAACAAUAGCGUUCAGUUAUCUCCAUGUGAUUCUAGACUCUCUCUUUCUAAUUCCAACUCUCAGAUCUCUUUGUUUAGACCUAAAAUCGAUGAGAUCUCACUCCUCUCUGUUAAUUCCACUUCUUUCGUUGCGGACUCAUAUGGCUAUAUGGUUGCAUUUGCUGGUCGGAAAUAUGCAGCAAGGUCCCCUCCUGCUUUCGUUGCAAACAGUUCAUAUACUGUAACCAGUUUUACUCUCGUUCUUGAGUUUCAGAAGGGAAGGCUGCAAAAUUUGUAUUGGAAGAGAGAUGGGUGUUCUAAAUGCCCGAAAAACUCAAAAGCUGUCUGUCUUAACAAUCAGGAUUGUGCAAUACCAACAUCUACUUGCAAGAGCCAUGGAGGACCUGUGGAUUGCAGCUUAGGUAUACAGUUGGCAUUCUCUGGCACAGACAAACACCUCUCAGCUCUCAACUCUUGGUAUGAAGUGAAAAACCUUCGUCAAUAUUCACUCUACGGCCUUUAUUCAAAUCUGAGAAGCUCGCUCACUAGCCAGUAUGAUAAGUUCUUCUAAUAUCUUUAGUUCAUUUGUUAAUUUUAUUUGUUGCAUUCUGUUGUGAUUUACUCAUGUUUUUACUGUACCAACUUCCCUCCCACUUGUUCCUUUCUAAAUACUCCAUUUGUGAAAACCUAGAUUGGUUGUGUGUACAUUUUGUAUAUCAGAUGUUAUAUUUAUUAUUAUGCUGGAUACAGUCCUUAUGAAUCUGUAUUUAAAUGCGAUGAACUUUAUUUGAGAUGCCAAUUAAUGUAA